AUAACAUACACAUUGAAAUGUGAGAACUGUAACAGAAGAAAAUCUGACAGGUGCAAUUAGCAUGAUAGAAAGCAGGAGGAGCUGAACCAAAACCUUUAAUUAAACAUUUUUGCAUUUAGACUUCUUAAUUCUUUGACUUGUUAGAAAAGGAACAACAAGAAAGCCAUUUAUAUCUUAACAAUGAAAGGAGGAUUAGUACUACUUAAUUUAUUUCACUGACAAAGUGCUUUCUACAGAAUUCAGACCAUAGGACAUGAAUAUGAUCUGGGCCACACCUUGGCAUUACUGGUUUACAGCAUUAUUUCCCUAUCCUUUUCUGAGAACUUUUCAUCAUGGAAUCAAACAGUAUCAACUCUGGCAAGAAUCCUCYUAUAUACACAAUGAAAAAAUAUUUAUGAACUCCACAAGAGAUAACUCAAGUGUCACACUUCUUUUCAUAGCAACCGGAGGGCAGGAGUAGGGUUGGCUAAGCCUGGCGGGACUUCAUGAUGGCUUUAGUCUUUAGAAUAGCAAUGCAGUCUAUUGGACUUUUAUUUUCUGUGCUGGGAUGGGUUUUAUCCUGCCUUACAAACUAUCUGCCRCACUGGAAGAACCUCAACCUGGACUUAAAUGAAAUGGAAAAUUGGACCAUGGGACUCUGGAAAACCUGCGUCAUCCAGGAGGAAGUGGGGAGGCAGUGCAAGGACUUUGAUUCCUUCUUGGCUUUGCCGGCUGAACUCAGAAUCUCCCGGAUCUUAAUGUUUCUGUCGAACGGGCUGGGGUUCCUGGGCCUGCUGGUCUCAGGGUUUGGCCUGGACUGUUUGAAAAUUGCAGACAGACAGCAAGAUCUCAAGAAGCGACUGUUAAUCCUGGGAGGAGUUCUGUUCUGGACCUCGGGAGUCACAGCCCUCGUUCCAGUCUCCUGGGUUGCCUACCUGACAGUUCAGGAGUUCUGGGACGAGACCAUCCCAGAGAUUGUUCCCAGGUGGGAGUUUGGGGAAGCCCUCUUUACUGGCUGGUCUGCUGGCUUUUCUCUUCUGCUAGGAGGGUGUCUGCUCCACUGUGCAGCCUGUUCCACCCCAGCCCCUGGAGCUUCUGGCCACUAUGCAGUGGCAGAAAUGCAAGAUCACUGUCAACAACUAGAGAUGAAAAGCCCCAACCCAAAAGUCUAAGCCAGGAGGGAUCAGUGGUAUCUACUCUUCAAGGUGAUGCUUGCUCAACUCUGGAUUYGGUAGGAUCUCCUGCUGCACAGUCACCCACUCAUUAUGCUUUUGAUUACCUAAAAUGCUAUUAGUUUCUUUAAAAAACAGUUUUUUUCUAAGACUGGUAAACAACAUUUAUUUUCUACUUGGACCAAAACCAAUCAAGACCUAAUAGUAAUCACAUUCAUUUCUGUAUAAGAGUUCUCUCAAUUUUAAAACAGGCUCAGUGAUUGCACAAAACUGGUAAAUGCAAUGUCAUUUUAGUAGUUACAUAUCUUUGAAGGUAUUAUUCAUAUGGAGAUGAAUAAUUUUGGCAAUUGGAAACAUUACUGCUAAUCAUUUACUUCCUUCAGGUUUUCAGGAUAACCUAUAAUAAUGAAACUAAGAUCUCUCUGCAUAUUUAUCUUAAAUGCAUGACACCUGAUUACACUAAAAAAUUGCUGGCUAUUUAAAGGUUUUGAAUCAUCCUUUUCAAUCAGGGGCUUCAGUGCCUCUAUGGUACCUGUUCCAGAAGUUCUUYACAUUCAUUCAUGUCCUCAAGCAGAGGAGGGCAAUCCUGUGUUCUGGAAGAUUCAUGUAGAAUCUGCCACACAAAUGUGUAUCUGCUUCUGUGUCCUAUGCUCACUUCAUGGUCGACCUUCCUAUCCUCCCCUGGCUCUGAGCAGCCACAGGGGGCAUGGCAGGUCCAGACUGGCGUGCGUGGGCAGAAGGCAUAGUGCCAGCUUAGGUGUGCUAUGCCAGAGCAUGCACUUGGGAGCCCUUCAUUUCCCUUGCACAAGGAAGAUGCUCCAUUUUUCUUCUCUUUAAAGUCAGCAAUACAUAUAGUCCAAACAAGAGCUACUCAAAGCAAACUUCUGGCUCGGGGAAUUCUUUGUGGAACAUUUUGUAUUUGCUUGAUACAUAAUCCAAGUAAACUCUUGUGUUUGUGCCAAUCAAGGAAAUUAACUGAACAAUAGGCAACACUAAAGUAUUAAGCAAUAUGUAUCUUUGUUUAAAAAAAAUUGAAUUUUUUUUCCCCAUCCGCAAACACAUGGAAAGUGCAGAAACCAAAGUUAAUCUAUGUGAUAUAUUUGCAAACUUUGACAAACAGGACAAAUUAAAGCAGGAACAUAUUCAGAAUUUAACCUGAUUAAAUAUUUAGUUCAAUCCUGAGCUUUUGAUAUUUAAUACAAUAUAAAGCCAUAGCAAAAAAAAAAAAAAAACAACUUUAAUUUUAUUGGAUUUGCAUGCUACAGAGAUUCAGCUAAACUUUGUUCAUUUGGCUAGUAAUAUUCUUUUUGUACCUGUAACACUUAAGAUUCUGAUAUACAAAAUUGUAAUAACAUACUGAUAAUUCAAAAUUGAGAUCUAAAUAUUACAUUCUUUUUACCCUGUGCAGAAUAAAUUCUACCUUUUUAAAAUAGUAUUUAUAUUAAAAUUCAUAUUUGUCCAUAUGGUUUUGUGAUCAAAGUCAGUAAAAUGUUUUGUCAUUGUGAAUCUUUUGGGUUAGUACAAAUAUGACAAGAGUAUUAAAAGCUGCCUAUAAAUACAUAACACCAUUGCUGAUUUUUAAAGCGUGGAAAGGAUUAUAUUAAAAUAAGUUUGCCUCUCAUGUUAGAAUAAGCAAAUUUUGUAAAAUAAAACCAAAAGUCUCUUGGUCACACUGUUAACUACCAGCCUGAGACAGAUUUUAUUCUUUAAUACUUGUCUGAAACUUUUUGUAUUACAAAAAGUUAACAGUUAAUCUGGUGAAGUUUAUAAAGCUGUAAAAUACUCCAAUAUAGCCUCUUCUAUGUCAAACAUUUAAAAUGGCCAGAACCAAACUAUAUAUUAAACAGAACAUAAAUAAGACCGUAAAUAAAUAAAUGAAGAAAAUAAAAUCGUACGGCACAACUACACAAGUUCUAUAAACAUUUUCAUGGUCAAACUAAGAAGCUGAAAACAGCUGACCUUCAUUUAACUCUACAUUAAAUAAACUUCUUUCACAUUUGACCUUAACAAGGAUGAAUGGUAUUUUUUUUCUAAUUUGCCUUAUUCAUUUAACACUAGAUUGGGCAGCCUAGAAGGACUGUACAGUCUAUCAAUAGGCUGGGUUUUGUUCAAGGCAGGGGUCACAUCCAGUUAUAUCAUCCAAGAAAUUUGCAUUUGAGUUAUGGAAUAUUUAGAAAAAAAAGAAACUUUUAGGCUCAGAAACUGCUUAAGGGCUUUGAUUCUGAUAAAAUAAAUUUUCCAAAAUAUGUAUAAUUAGUUUCAAGAAAAUAAAAAUUUUUGCUAGUGAGAAUUCUAGCAUAGGAACAAAACUUUUUCUUCUUUAAGAUGACUUUGCAUUUCUUAAAAAAAAAAAGGACUUAGUUUGCUAUACAAGACAGCUAACCAAAAACYGCUUCUUCCAGUAUAACAGACUGAAUAAUAAGUAUGGCUUAAAUUGCCUAUAGACUAUAUACUGUAAAAGCCUUUUGGUGGCAAAGCUAUACUGAGGACUUAUUUCUUUAAAGAAGUGCCUGGGCUGUGUAAGCUAAAAUUCUACAGUGGGAAACAGGACGCUUUAGUCAGUUUAUAUUGCCAAACUUGUUCAUCCAAAAUAGUUUCUUUUUCUUUCCUUCUUGUUAAACAAAUGAUUUACCUUAUUCUCCAAAUUAAUAAUUCCCUCCCAGGCACUCUUUCCUUUGCUUCCCAACUACUUACCACAAAUUAUAGAUAGAAUCCCUUAAAAAUGAGAGCUGCAAAGUGAUUUCUAGUAAAUGUCAGAAAUCUGUUUGAUAAACUAUUUAUUUUGGCAACUUUAAUUCAAUUAAGACACACCAUUUCCUCUGUUCUUGGCUUCACCAAUGAGUGAGAAUGCGUCCCCUCCACCUCACAGUGCUGUCUGGCCCUGGAACCCAGGACCCCAUGAGCUUCUCGCUGGCACCAUUCUCACGCCUAGGACAGAGCAUUGGUGCAGACUAGAAACUGGAUCACUUGCAAAUUCAGGUGAAGUCAGAAGUAGCAGCUGCUCCUCUGUUGAGCCCCUGUAGUGUAUUUUAGGAUUUCUGGUGUGCUUCUCUCUUCCACCUUGCCCUCAAUGUCUAAGAUCUUUAAGGUAGUAAGGAGUACUGCUCCUUGGCAUUCUUCAUAUCCUUACAUUCAGUAUAGUUGUCUAAAGACAAUUAUGAAAAGGACAGAGAGGAAGCUGUUUUAAGGAACUUAAGUGUUCUGACACAGGUGAUGGGAAUGAGCAYAGCACCUGUGCAGGACUCAGCUCUGUGCUCACUGCCAACAGGAAGAGCAGCUUUCUAGCUCAGAAACACUGUAUGGCACCACUGCCACCUUCACAGUCUCCUCACAAGGAAACAAAGAAAAGCCCARAAUGCCACUGACACAAGCUGCUUCCCAGCAGUCAGCUCAGGGGUAGACACUGGUACUCACUGCCUCUUGUCC